AUGGCCGCUAGACCUGCUCUCUUCACCCGUGGCCUGUCGGGGCUCUCCCAGAGCACAACCGACCCCAACUCGCCCAGUGUCAGCUCCCCGGCCGACCAGCGUGAUGAUGCGAAGCGCAACUUCCUCAAGGCCAUGCGCCCUCUGCCGACACAACACUACUGGAAUGUCUACUUUGACAAACAAGCAAAGGACCAGCAAAAGUCGGGCAACGAUGAGGAGUACAAGGUGCAGCUGGAACAGCUUGGCGCGCAGAUAGAAUCCGUCCAGGACUUCUGGAAGUACAACAACAACACACCCGUCGACCAGAUCAAGAUGCGCGAGUCCAUAUACCUCUUCAAGCAGGGCUUCAAGCCUAUCUGGGAGGACCGCCGCAACAUCAACGGCGGCGCCUGGACCUUCCGCGUGCCUAAGAACAUUGGGCCCGAUGUGUGGACUCGCGUUCAGCUUCUUGCCAUUGGCGAGAAGCUGCAGAGCGUACUAGACGACAACGACCAGAUUUGUGGCGUUGGUCUGUCCGUUCGCUUCAAUUCCCACCUCAUCUCCAUCUGGCACCGCGACGGCUCCAAGCAAAAAUCCGUCGAUGCUAUCCUCGAAUGCGUACUCGAGGAGCUCCCCGCCGAGCUGCGCCCCAAGGCCGAUAACUACUUCUACAAGCGUCACCAGGACCAUGCCGGCUUCAAGGCACCCCCGGAGCUCCAGGUCGUCAUCGACUCACAAAAGGCGGCGGCUGAUAAGGCCAAGGCUGCGGCCGGAGGUGCGCCGGCUUAG